UUCUCUGAGCAGGAUUAUUUCACUGGUUAUGCGCAUCGAUUGGAUAUCUACAAAUUUAUCAUUAAAAUAUAAAAAAAAUGUGUAGCCACCACACACGGACAGAAGAAAAGAUUAAAAAAUUAUUGAAAGCAAGUAUUGUUUGCUUACGUGUUUACAACAGAGAUGUAUAUGGAGCAUUCACAGUUUCCUACUUGGAUACCCCGUCCCUAGCGAUGCACGAACGUAACUGGGUACAACCUUGAUCGACAAGCUUAUUCUGGCUGUACAAGAUUCAGACGGCAUAGGAUCUUUGUUUGUAUAUACCGUCUGUCUUGCAGAGUGGAGACUUGAAUACACAAUCCGUUGUUAUAAAAAGUUUCACAUAGGACUACAAGAACAAAAUGGAAACGUUCGAGGCAUAUGACGAGUCUAUGGUUACCGCAGCAAAUUAUCAGUGUGACAUUGUUCAAACUGUGAACAAUCAUGCGCCCAAGGAAGAAAUAGAAGUACGGAAUAGAGAGAAUCAUGAUACGUUGACGUUGCAACAGCAACAGGCGGAGCAGAUGCAUCAGGUGACGCAGAUCGAAUCGAAUAUCCAACAAAAAGCAACUGCAGUUCGAUUGCCUGCUUUAUUGGAUGGAGAGUACUUCCAGGUGAUCAGGGUGGAAGACACUAACGUUACGGUACGUUGUCAGCAGUGUAUGAAAUUGCUCAACGGCAAUCUGAAGUCCACUGGGAACUUUCUCAGUCAUGUAAAGCGAUUGCAUCCCUCUUUGAUGUCCAAAAUAAGGUGCAAGUCUAGUCAGAGGAAACCCGCGAUAUAUGUCAAUUCGACGUUACCUGAUAAAUGCUCCGAAAUAAUGCCGGGAAAGCGUGCAGCAGUACAAAAUAAGAAGCGCUGUAAAACGCAGGAGGAAUGUACGGCCGAAAAGAACGAAUCUUACGAACAACAUGCGGAUUGGAACGAUACGUCGUUAAUCCGGGGAUCCGACGAGUCGGAAUCGGCGGAUCCAUCCCUAAGAAUAUCACAUAAUAAUUCAUUUAUAAUGGAGGACGAGUACGAUGCAAUCGGUCGCAACGUUGCCGCCAAGCUCAGGAAUAUGAGACUGGACCAAAGAAUAAUAGCUGAGAAAUUGUUGAACGACAUUUUAUUUGAAGCUCAGCUCGGUAAUCUUCACAGAGAUUCGAGUAUUCACGUGUGAAAAUAAAAUGUACAACGACCUAUGAAU